AUGAAUUAUCUCACCAUUAAUAUUAGGGGGGUGGGCAAUGCCCAAAAUGCUGCUUGGAUUAAGAAAAUUAAAAGAGAACAUGGGAUUUGCUUCAUUGUAAUCCAGGAAACUAAGUAUGCAGAUGGAUCGAAAAUAAAUUUCAAAAGAUUUUGGGGUAAUUUUCCGUUAGAUUCAGAUUGGGUUAACUCGGAGGGAAGAUUAAGGGGUAUGGCAUGUUUAUGGGAUCCAGGAAUACUCAACUUGUUGGUAUGCGGCACUAUCAGGGGUAUUGCCGAACAAGUAAAUGUAAUGAGCAUCUAUGCUCCGCAAGCUACCUCCUCCAAAAGAGCACUAUGGGAACAUGUUAAAGAACUAAAAGAGACACGGGGAGGUAUACGGAUCAUACUUGGUGAUUUCAACCAAGUCAGAUCUGCUGAUGUAAGAAAGAAUUGCAAUUUCGAUCCAGCCCCCGCGGCGGACUUCAACUCAUUCAUUUACGAAGCAAAUUUUGUGGAGUAUCUCAUGAAUGGUUCAAAGUUCACUCGUUGGCUGGAUGGUGGCAACAAGAUGAGUAAACUGGAUCGCAUGUUAGUUUGUGACAGAUUUUGGGGACUAUGGCCGACGGCGUCUUUACGGACUCUUCCGAGGAAUCUCUCGGACCAUUGUCCGUUAAUGCUCACUAUCAUAUCAAACGAUUUUGGACAUAUACCAUUCAAAUUUUUCAAUACUUGGCUUACUAAACCAGGGCUAGAUACUGUGGUUCGUUCUGCGGUUGCUUCUUGUAACUUUACAGGCCCUCCUGAUGUAUCACUUGCCGAGAAAUUAAGGUGCAUCAAAAGAGCAGUUAAAGAAUGGAACAAAAAGACCAAAAAAGAAGAGAAUGUAUGCCUCAACAACGAGGAAGAAGAGAUUAAGAGGUUGGACCUCUUCUGUGUGACUCGUGACCUGUCAGGAGGGAAAAAAGCAGAUUAUGUUGAGCAUAAGAAUAAAGUGAAUAUAAUCAAUGACACGCGGCUCAAAGAACUACAUCAAAAAUCACGGGUUAAAUGGGCAGUUGAAGGAGACGAGAACUCAACAUUCUUUCACGGUUUUAUCAACAGCAGGGUGGCGAGGAGCAGGAUGAAUGGUUUAUUUAUUGAUGGCAAGUGGUGCGUCGAUCCCCCACGUAUCAAGGAUGAGGUUCGCAAGUUUUUCGAGAAUAAAUUCGUGGAGCCAACCCCCUCUAGACCGAAUUUCACUUGUCAUCACAUCAAAAAACUCACAGACACGCAGAGUAUGUCCUUAAUCUCUCCCUUUUCUUUUAAUGAGGUAAAAAAAUGCAAUUUGGGGCUGUGGUGGAGACAAGGCCCUUAG